AUGGGGGACGCGCACCUGCCGCCGCCCAUGGCCCCGCCCCUUGAGGGCAUGACUGCGCUGGAUCUACACCCGCUUAUCUCGCAGUUUUGCCAGAGACCGGAUCCCUCCGAGGUGCAUGCCGCCAACGUGGACGCGUUGCCUGGUAGCUCGGCGCAGCGCGAGCAUGCGCUGCUCGAGCUGAGCAAGAAGCGCGAGCAGUAUGAGGACCUCGCGCUCGUGCUGUGGCACAGCUUUGGCGUGAUGCCCUCGCUGCUUCAAGAGAUUAUUUCUGUCUACCCGCUGCUUUCGCCGCCCGUGCUCACGGCGCAUGCGUCGAACCGCGUGUGCAAUGCGCUAGCGCUCCUGCAGUGCGUUGCCAGCCACAGCGAGACGCGCAGUGCGUUUUUGCAGGCGCACAUCCCCCUGUUCCUCUAUCCGUUUCUGAACACGACAUCCAAGUCGCGGCCGUUCGAGUAUUUGCGCCUCACCUCGCUCGGUGUGAUUGGCGCGCUGGUGAAGCAGAAUGACAAGUCCGACGUCAUUACGUUCCUUUUGUCGACAGAAAUCAUACCACUGUGUCUGCGCAUCAUGGAGACAGGCUCGGAGCUCUCCAAGACCGUCGCGAUCUUUAUCGUUCAAAAAAUUCUGCUUGACGAUCUUGGGCUCAACUACAUCUGCCAGACGUACGAGCGCUUCUAUGCUGUCGCCACCGUGCUCAGCAACAUGGUCACGCAGAUCGUCGAGAGCCAGGCCAUUCGCCUGCUCAAGCAUGUUGUGCGCUGCUACCUGCGCCUCAGCGACAAUCCGCGUGCACGCGAAGCGCUGCGCUCGUGUCUGCCCGCGCCCCUGCGCGAUGCCACGUUCUCGCAGCUGUUGAAAAACGACCACAUCACCAAGCGCUGCCUUGCGACGCUCCUGCUCAACUUGUCCGAUCGCGCAGAGUCGUAG